AUGAAAUCCUCAAAAAAGAGAUUGCCACCAUGGCGCUCCAGGAUGCGCUGCUUGUUUCGAAUCUUCAUGGUGACUGGAUUCAUUGUUCAAAGCAUCUUGUUUUUUGAGAUGUAUUCAAAACACCCCUCCAUGCUGCAACUGGACGUUGACCAACCUCAAGAAGUGGAUCUUCCUGCUUUCACCGUUUGCAAUUUAAACGAAGUCAGAGCAUCAGAGUUUUGCCGAUAUUAUCCUCAGAAAUGUGGAAAUUCUAAAACAGUACCUGACUUUUGUACGCGCUAUGUUGAAUACUGCAAGCUACAAAACGGACCAAAAAUGGUUCCAAUUAUUUUUCUGGAAGAGUUCAACCUGACGCGGUACGAGCAACAGACCUUCGGUCACCAAUGGGAAGACCUAGUAGUUAGCUGUGUGGUAGAAAUCGAUGGAAAUGAGCAGAACUGUCCCGGGGAGCCUAUUUUAGUACCAGCUUUAAGUCAUUCCAUACAGAUCCCGUUCAACUGUUUCAUGAUGUUCUCUCUAUAUGGGCAACCGGAUGCAGUUCCAGAAAAGGUUCCAAGGUCAGCAGUCAUCAGGCUGCAUUUGAACGUAGAAGUAGGGGAGUAUCAUCCAUAUCACCUGACCAGGGGAUCUCAGAUAAGCAUUCAUUCUCCGUACCAUGUGCCUUCUCCCAUGAGCGGCGGCCAGCUUCUAAACAUGGGAAACAUAUAUAGGAUAUACCUCAGACUCGCUCAACAAAAUUUACUGCCUGCGCCUUACAGCAGUAACUGCACCGAUUAUAUGUCUCAGUGGCAUGCCAAUGGUGGUAAGGGGCCUAUAACACAAAAGAUGUGUACGGAGAAAUGUAAAUUAGACAAAUCUUUAGAACUGUAUGGUUGCGCCGAGCCUCGCAUCGACUAUCCUCAUAACGAAACCAUGUGUGAAAAAGGCAUUCCAAGAUUCCAUGAAAAAGCGAGAGCUGAAUGUUCCAGACAGUGUACAAUGCCUUGCAAAAUAUCAACUUAUGAACUCCAAGUUCAAAUUGCUGACAGUGAAGGACAGCGAGGAUCUUGUGUGAAUGAAACCGAUUUAUCAUGCGUAGUCCUCGUACAAAUUUUUAUGGAAAACAUGGAAAUAACGACGUUCACAUAUACACCCAAAUUUGAGGCAGUUGGAAUCUUAAGCUGGAUAGGCGGCUAUGUGGGGCUUUGGUUAGGCAUUUCUUUACUACAUGUGUACGAUUUCCUCGAAAAAUGGUUUUUCUACUGUAUAACAUCUUUACAAAAACGGAGCAAGUCACUUGACUUGGUGAGUUUUCUCUCUACCUUGGCGAAAACUGAAAAAAAUUACACUUACAUCAUCGACGGCGAAAAUUAA